AAAAAAAAGAGCUCCUUACUUUAAUUCAUAGUAACAAUAAUCACAACCACAGCAAAGCUAAUCCUCCAUAAUUUCUUUGUUGAGAACAAAGCUAUUACUAUCUUCUCUACUGCAUAAAGCACCAACAGUCAUGGACUCUUAUGGAUCACAAAGGCUUGUGGCUUUAGCCCAGCAGCUUCGCUUCUACAAGCCACCCUCUCCAUCACCAGAUGAAAUUGAAGAGCAAAACAUAGAGGAAAGUGCUGGUAAAGUUGUUUCCCAAGUGGGUUUUCAAGAAUCUGCAACCUCAAUUUUUAAAGACCCUGAAAGGUUUAGACCCAAAAGAGCUGCUGUUUUGGUCUGCAUCUUUGAAGGUGAUGCUGGUGAAUUUCGUGUUAUUUUGACUAAGAGAUCCUCCAGAUUGUCUACUCAUUCAGGUGAAGUUUCAUUACCCGGUGGGAAAGUAGAUGAGAGAGAUAAGGAUGAUUUUGAAACAGCAACAAGAGAGGCGAAGGAGGAAAUUGGGUUGGAUCCCUCACUUGUGGAUGUUGUUACCGUUCUUGAACCAUUUCUGUCUAAGCACCUCCUCAGAGUAAUUCCUGUUAUAGGCAUCCUCUCCAAUAAGCAGGCAUUCAAGCCCACUCCAAAUCUGGCUGAAGUGGAAGCAGUAUUUGAUGCUCCCUUGGAAAUGUUCAUCAAGGAUGAAAAUCGACGAGUAGAGGAGAGUGAAUGGAUGGGAGAAAAGUAUCUGAUUCAAUUCUUUGACUAUGAAACAGAGGAUAAAAAGUAUUUGAUAUGGGGUUUAACUGCUGGGGUUUUGAUUAAAGCUGCUUCAGUGGUCUUCCAACGGCCACCAGCAUUUAUGGAGCAGAAUCCAAGGUUCAAGUUUCCUAAAGGUGCGAACAAAGAUAUGGUGAUGCGUUGAAUUAUUCAGGAAAAAUAUUGUUGGGUUGUACUCAGAUUCUUGGAAUAAUCUUCCUUCUGCGAUAAAACCCCUCACAACCCACGCCUGUUGAAAAAUAUUGUUAGUUUUAUCAAAUUUAUGUGCUAAAGUAGCUUUGUGGGUAGAUAAGCAGAAUGUGUCAUGUAUUUUAGGCAAUUGUAAAUUGGGGAGACUGAUUAUUCUGGAGGGAAGGAGGUAACUGAAAUUGCCACAAAUUCUUUAUGGAGUAAAUUGCAGUUGUCUCCUGCAACCGCAGUUCCAUUGAAUGACUACAAGUUUUUCAGUAGCUUAGUCCUUGCUUGAACUCAUCCCAUUUCCCAGCACAAAAGCUGUUAACAAAUAGCAUUGCAUAUCUUCAGUUUCUUCUGCGUUUGAAAAUGAAGUGCACCUAAUGCCUGCUUAUGUUGACUUGGCCCUUUAACGGUAGAGUUGAAGAAGCUUGUUGUGUAUUUGCAGGAAUCUUAAACUGCCUGCCUCUCUACAAAUAAGACCUUUGUUUUUCAUAGAUGCUACUUUUGGUAACAUGUUCCUUGUCCAGGUGUUGUGAAUUUCUGCAAAUUGUAAAAAUAAACUAUUGUUUCUAA